AUGCAAAAGAAAGUUUAUCAGAAAGAACGAAGUGAUAAGGGGAUACUUGAAAAAACCGGGUGUCAACAGGCACUCAAGUUACGUUUCGCGGAAUACGGAACAGCGACGGUGCUCAAUAGAACUUUAAAGAAAAUGCUGUUACCGUUCUCACUACUCAUAUUUACUGGCCUCACUGCAUCUGAAGUGUAUCACGUGCCACUUCUACAUGUCGAAUCGAAAAUGAUUCAAAUGAUGCGCGAAGGAACUUGGGCAGCGCAUACCGAUGUGAUGAAUGCAUGGCGUCAGAAAAGUAUGAAAGAAGUACCGGAUAAUAGCAUCCAUUCGCAAAACCUGAAUGCCUACUAUGAUAGCGAGUACGUGGGGAACAUUACAAUAGGAAAUCCCGAGCAGACAUUCCAGGUGUUGAUGAGUACUGGAUCGGCAGAUUUUUGGGUCAUCGACGUCAGUUGUGUACCAAAUGAUCCAGAAGAAUGCGAGCCAUCAACAUGUGAUGAAGGAUUGGCAUGUGAAAUUUUCUGCCCUAUUCAAACGUGCUGUAAACGGCAAGGUUCGAAACGGGGAAAGAGAAACCCAUGCAGAGGAAAGCGCUACUUUGAUUCUAAAAAUUCCGACACUUACAUCAAACAAUCUGGCCAAUGGAAAACAAAAUAUUUGAUUGGAAGUGCUAAAGGCUUCUAUGGUAACGACACUGUACGAUUCGGAGGUCCUGAGACGAACCAGCUGGUGAUAAAAGGAACGAAGUUUGGCCAAGCGGAUGAGAUUUCUGAAACAUUUGCGGGAACCCAUUUUGACGGAAUUCUCGGCCUAGCAUUUUACACUCUCGCCAACUCUUUCACUACACCACCAUUCCAAUACGCUGCGGAACUGGGACUUGUUGAUCCUAUCUUCACGGUUUACAUGGAACACAAAACGGCAGCUCGACAAAAUGACUUCGGUGGGGUAAUAACAUAUGGAGGAUUAGAUGAGAUACACUGUGGACAAGUGAUUGCAUACCAGAAGGUAACGACAGCAAUGUAUUGGAAGUUCAAGAUGCAAAGCGUAUCUGCUGGAAGUUACAAAUCAACAAAUGGAUGGGAAGUUAUAUCGGAUACGGGAACAUCAUUCAUUUACGCACCAAGCGCGAUUGUAUUCAAGUUAGCUGAAGCUCUCAAUGCAGUAUACCAUGAAAAUGAGGACGUGUUUUACAUCGAUUGCAAGGAAGACGCAAAGAUUGUGUUCGGUAUUGGAGACCACAACUACACCAUCAAAGCAGUCAAUCUAAUUAAAGAAGUCAAGGAAAAUGUGUGCAUAUUCAUGAUUCACCCUGAUAACACUUUAGCAUUUUUUCCGAGCUGGAUUCUUGGUUCUCCUUUUACUAGACAGUACUGUAACAUUCAUGAUAUGGGGAAGAAAAAAAUUGGGUUUGCGGAAUCGCUUCAGAAAUAA